ACCUUCAGCGAUGUGGCUGUGACAUUCACCGGGGAGGAGUGGCAGCUCCUGGACCCUGCUCAGAAGGCCUUAUACCAGGACGUGAUGUUGGAGAACUACAGCAACCUGGUGUCCAUUGGGUAUCAAGUUAGCAAACCAGAUGCACCCUCCAGGUUGGAACGAGGAGAACCACCCUGGAGCACAUUAGACAACAGCCACAGUGGAAUCUUCUCAGGAGGGAAACCCUAUAUGUGCUGUCAAUGUGGGAAAGGCUUCAUCCAGAAGACAGAUCUCACUAUUCAUCAGCGAACUCAUACUGGAGAUAAACCCUAUAUAUGCACUGAAUGUGGGAAAACUUUCAAACAUAAGGGAAGCCUCAUUAUUCAUCAACGAACUCAUACUGGAGAGAAACCCUAUAUAUGCAGUCAAUGUGGAAAAGGCUUCAGACAUAAGGGAAGUCUCAUUAUUCAUCAGCGAACUCACACUGGAGAGAAGCCGUACAUAUGCAGUGAAUGUGGGAAAUGCUUUAACCAGAGGGGAGGGCUCAUUAUUCAUAAGCGAACUCAUACUGGAGAGAAACCCUAUGUCUGUGGUGACUGUGGGAAAGGCUUCAACCAGAAGUCAUGCCUCAUAGCACAUCAGAGAUUUCACACAGGAAAGAAUCCCUUUUCAUGUAGUAAAUGUGGGAAAUCUUAUUCACAGAAGUCAAGCCUCAUUAGGCAUCAGAAAAUUCACACAGGAGAGAAACCAUUUCAGUGCAGUGAAUGUGAGAAAGCCUUUGAAACAAAGCGAGAGCUCAUUCUACAUCAAAGAUUUCACUCAGGACAGACAGUGUAUGACUGCAAUGAGUGUGGAAAAUCAUUUGCCUCUGCCUCUAACUUUUAUUCACAUAAAAGAAAACAUAAAAGAGAGAAAUCUGUAGAUCCACUCAAAGUGGAAGAUUCUUGCAUGAUAUUUGAACUUUUCUCCCUACAGUUUACCAUGGGAAAAAUGGCUUGGGAGAUCUUGUACCCUCAGCCCUUGGACGUUAUUACCUUUAUCUAG